AUGUCUUUUGAUUCAGAUACGCAAGUAUUUGUGUGUUUCCUUUCUACAGAUGUCCAGCCUCUUGACCUCAGUAAGCUACACGAUGAUCAACCAGAUAAGGAGUUGGAAACCACAGAGAGCUCAACAUGGCGUCAUCAUAUUACCAUACCGCAGCCCUUCAAGAUGUGUGAACGAGAGCAGCAACGAAAACAGACCGGUACGCAGCCACGUUCUAGGCAGAAUUUGCGGGCAGAGGAUGCAAACAAGGAAAAAGAGUUGACCGAAAUUCAGCAACGAGCAAAUCAAUUUAGGGCCAAACCAAUACCUGCACAUGUAUAUCUUCCGUUGUUUGAGGAACUAAUGGAACGUCAGGCUGAGAGAAGAGAGGCUGUUCGGGCUCAUAGCAAGGAAGUGCUCAAAGCGACGGAAAAACCCUUUCGAUUCACUAUUCGGGAAAGAAGGAAAAAGGAACGGGGAGAAAUGGUGGACGAAGCUGAGGUUCGGCGGCGCUCCAUCAGUUUGAUGCGCCAAAGCGUAUCUGCUGGUCGGCGGAAAUCUUCCAAAGAUAUGUUCCGUGACACGUUCGGUUUGCCUGAUCACCUGUAUGAAAACCGAAUGGAACGUUUGCACGAAGAUCAGCUGUUACGUGAGGUCAAACGCCAACUACGAGCCCAACGUCUACUUCAGUCGGCUUCUUUACCAGCUGGGAUGGAGGAAAGAGAGCGUCGGGCCGCCAAACGGCGUGCGGAUAGAGAAGCAAGGAAGAAACAACUCGGUUUGGAUCCGGAAUCCGAUUUGCAACAGCGAACUGCAAGACAGUUUCGAGCACGGCCAGCUCCAGAUUUCAAGCAGUUACACUGGCAGGCGGAUAAGUCACUUCGUCGUUUAUGGCGUCCGCCGCCAGAACCGACCCGUCCAAAGCCAUUCAAUCUACACACAAGUAAAAGAAGCAAAAGUGCAAGUGCCCCUUCGACCAGAAGUCGUUCCGCAGCUUCAGCAACAGAUGAUCUUUCGCUUGACGGAAAUAAGUCUAUGAGUCCAAAGAAUAUCACACCAGGACCACAUAAUUACCGGCGCUUCCUGGCAGAAAUGCCCUCUCCGGCCAAGGCUAAUGCAUCAAUGCUCCGCGAAAAUUACGUCCGACAGUCCAUGGAACGAGCGCGUUUGGAAGCUAAAAAAGCGGAAGAGAUGGAACUGGCAAAACGUUUAAAACAAUCGGAGCUGUCACGUUUGAUGCGUGGCUCCGCUUGCUACUUUGGUGAUCAGGCUGUGUCGCCUAAACAAUUGAUUACAGCGGUCACGGAAAACCGCAAGAAAGAACUCGUGUGA